GCUUUUAUCAAUCAAUUUCUUUAUCUUUAUCUGAGAUUUUACCGCUUGUGACACCAAAUGAGUGUUUACGAGCACCGCGAAUCUGAAUGACCCAGUUUCUCAACGUUUUGUAGAAGUUUAACAACAAUUUAACAACAUGACGUAAAACACAAAUACUCAACCGAUGAAUCAAGUUUGGGAACCGAUGGCUGCUUCCUGGUGAAGUGUACCUCAUAAGAUUCAGCCGGUCAUGAAAAUGACCAUAUGGCACAUAUGAAUAAUAAGACUUUGACGUUAAAAUAUUCCAACGGUGAUCAAGAUUGAUUUGAUCUUUUUACAAUGGCAAUGAAUCAAAUCUCAGAUAUAAAUACUCCCAUUUCAUUCACAUUAAUAUUUCACAAUGAAUAUUGCUGAGGAAUUACAAUUAAUAUUAAGCUCAAAUCAAACUACGAAAUGAAAUAUUCAAGAAGGGUCCGAUUAUCCAUCACAUUAUUGAUUACCUGUACUGUUUUCAUACUUGGAAUCUUUUGUCUAUUGGGAUCAACUUCAACUAACAAAGCUUUAACUGAUGUUUAUGAAGUCCAAUUAAAUUUAACCAAUAUAAACUUCACCAUGGUUAUACCAUCUUAUAGAUAUGCCAAGGUUACACCAUCAUUGACUUUAGAAGAUGCUGGUUUAAGUGAGAUUUACAGACUUGGUAUUAGAAGCUUUUGCAAAGGGUCCUCCCACAAUGGGAGCUUUAAAGCUACACGCUGUCUUGGAUUGAAAGCUCCAGACCCUGCCACAAUACUUUUAAACGAUAUAAAGGAGAAAGAUUAUCCACCAUUGAGAGGACUCACUUACGAUAUGAUUAGUUUCCCAUAUGAUGUUCCUGAUCUUUCAAGAGGUAACUUUUCAAUAAAUGUCCCUGCAAAAUACUACUGCCUUUUAAUAGCCAUUAUUUCCUGUGGGAUCACAAUGGUGCUCUUGUUGGUUGGUUUGAUAUACCGCCCUCUUUUCACCUUUUGGUGUUGGCGGAUUUUUGAAUUGGUGCUAGCUUUUAUUUCAGGAUUAUGCUUCAUGAUUCCAGCCUUGGUUACAGUCGGAACUGCUUUCAUGACAAGGGAUGGGUUUAAUUCAAGUAAAAGAUAUGGCAUAGAAGCUAGUGUUGGAAAGGGCUUAUUCCAUAUCAUGAUCUGGUUGAGCUUUGGACUUUUAUUGAUUCUAUAUGCUAUUGUCACAGUGAUAAAAUGUUCUAUUGCGUGUUCAGAAUCUUUGAGUGAGACUUUAGGAUUGGAGGAAGAAAUCCAUAAUGAAGAUUAUGGUGAUCUAGAAGCUAGUCAUGGAUUAAAUGAAAUAAAUAAAGUCCAACCAGCAGCUCUGUUUCCAUCUGUUGAUAAGUCAGAUAAAGAGAGAUAUGUGUCUCAAUUUAUUGGUGAUUAUGAAAAGCAAAGAGGCAAUCAAGGUUUCGAUGAUUCUACAUCGAAGUCACUAUCAUAUAUUGAAUCAUCUGAUUUGGAAAAAGCUUCAGGAAAAGCUUCAGAAAAGGCUCCUUAUAAUAAAAACCCAAUCACCUCAGAAAUCUUUGGUAAUACAAGGGAUCAUAAAGGCUAGUGUUGAAAAAGAUGAAUCUGUUCACGUUAGACAGCAAACAGAAGAAGACCAAUAGUAUGUGAUUUGCGCCACUGAUAGUAGUGAUUAACCUCAAGAUACAAAUAGGUCCAAUAAGUUACAACUCAUUUUAUACAGCAUUGGUAAUACGUAUUGAUAUUGUUCAGAUCAGACAGUUAGUGUAGAGCUGCAAUCUUUUUAGCUCUUAUUAAUACUGUAGCUGGUAAGCUUUUAUGAAAGCUUAUACACGUAUAUUUCUGUAAAUUCACAGAGAGCUGUGAAUGAAUCGUCAUGAUCCAGUGUAAAUUGAUCAAACUUCAAAG